ACUGAAAUCAUUCUUCUCUCUCACUGAAUGUGUUUUGUUCCUGUUUUAGAGAAGAAGCAUGGCAGCGAGAAGUGGCAAUGACUUUCAGCUUGUUAUUCCUGAAAGAGGCGAAAGAGUUAAGAUUAAUUCGGGAUCUACUCUCACUGUGUCAUGUCACUUGUCUCCUGCACUCAGUGCUGUUGACAUGGAGAUUACUUGGUUUGGCGAGAUGUCUUGUAUUUGCGCCUAUAAGAACAGAGAGAUGACACAGGGUGUUGACUAUGAGGGCAGAGCGAGUCUGUUCAUUAAUGACCUGAAGAAAGGGAAUGUGUCCUUAAGAGUGGCAGACUUCAGAGAGUCAGAUCUGGGAGUUUACAUGUGCCGGGUCACCAGUAGAAAUGAAACACAGCAGAUAACAGUAAAUGUAGCAGAAGAAGUUUCUGCUAUUUUCGAAGACCAGCACUUCUUUACAGUGAAUUACCAAACGGAAGAAACAAGCAACAUGUUGUCAGAGCAUCAAGGUGAUUCAGACAAUCAGCUUGGGUAUUACAAGAUUAAAGAGGCAAUAUACCAACUAUCAAUCCACUCUGCAUAUCACAGUGCUUCAGGGACGGAUCAGCAUAAGGAUUACAAGGGAGAAACAGAUGACAAAUUAUCACAGUACAUCAAAUCAGAUCUAAGCCAUCCAAACAAGCAGACUGGGGAUAACAGCAUGGGAACCAAAAGCAAAGAUUUUUUGAGCCGAGCUUCAUAUCACAAUGAACCAAACAAGAGCCAGCAUGGGAUGGAAGUCUUGAACAAGAACUUUCAGCUUUUUGUUCCCAGUACAUCAGAAGAACCAGAGGUUUCUUUGGGGUCUGAUUUGAUCAUUCCGUGUUACCUGUCUCCUGAAAUCAGUGCGGUUGACAUGGAGAUCAUCUGGUCUAAUGAUAGAGCCCGUGUUUGCCUGUAUAAGGACAGGCAGGUGACAGAAGGGGGUUUGUUUAAGGACAGAGCGAGUCUGUUCACUCACAAGCUUAGGAAAGGAAAUGUGUCCUUACGACUGAAAAACUUCAGGCCGUCAGAUAUUGGAAAUUACCAUUGUCAGGUCAUCAGUAAAGACAGAAGAGAG